UACUCAAUAUCCCACAGAGGAAACUAAUCGCCAUGUCUAUUGUCACAGACCCAGAAGAACAAUACAGAUUAAUUACCAAGAACCUUCAAGAAACCUUGAAUGGUCAAAUCAUCAAGAAUGUCUUGGAAGUGGAAAAGAGACCACUUAAGAUUUACUGGGGGACUGCUCCAACUGGUAAGCCACAUUGUGGUUACUUUGUUCCAAUGAUCAAACUUGCUCAUUUCUUGAAGGCUGGAUGUGAAGUCACCGUUCUUCUUGCUGACUUGCACGCCUUCUUGGACAACAUGAAGGCUCCACUUGAAGUGGUUAACUUCAGAGCCAAAUACUACGAAUACAUUGUUAAGGCAAUCUUACGUUCUAUUGGUGUUCCUAUUGAAAAGUUGCGUUUCGUGGUUGGUUCUUCUUACCAAUUAUCUCAACAAUACACCAUGGAUAUUUUCCGUUUAUCCAACGUUAUGACACAAAAUGACGCUAAGAGAGCUGGUGCUGAUGUUGUUAAGCAAGUUUCUAACCCAUUAUUGUCCGGUUUGAUUUACCCAUUGAUGCAAGCUCUUGAUGAAGAACAUUUGGGUUGUGAUGCUCAAUUCGGUGGUAUAGAUCAAAGAAAGAUUUUCGUUAUGGCCGAAGAAAACCUUCAUAGUAUUGGAUACAAGAAGCGUGCUCAUUUGAUGAACCCUAUGGUUCCAGGUCUUGGUCAAGGUGGUAAGAUGAGUGCUUCUGACCCUAACUCCAAGAUUGAUAUCUUGGAAGAACCAAAGCAAAUUAGAAAGAAGGUUAACAGUGCAUUCUGUGCACCUGGUGAAGUUGAAGGUAAUGGUCUUAUCGCCUUCCUUGAAUAUGUUGUUCAACCAAUCCAAGAACUCAAAGCCGGAAAGGAAGGUGUUUUCAGCUUUGAAAUCAACAGACCAGAGAAAUAUGGUGGUCCAAUUUCUUUUGAUUCUGUUGACAAGGUUAAGGCCGAUUAUGCUUCUGGUGAUUUGCUGCCAGUUGACUUGAAGGCUGGAGUUGCUGAUCAAAUCGUUGCUUUAUUGGAACCAAUUAAGGCCGAAUUUGAUGCCGACCCAGAAUUCCAAAAGAUCCAAGCUCAAGGUUACCCAGUUGCUCAACCAAAGAAGGAAAAGAAGGAAAAGAAGGUCAAGAACAAGGGUACUUUCUACCCAGGUGCUGGUAAGUCCCAAACCCCUCCUGCUUCUGUUGAAAAGGUUACUGAAGAAUUAAAGGACGCCAAGUUGGAAGGUUAGUUUAAUCUAAAUGGAAAGGGAACAAAUGGUGUUAAAUAAUCGUACUAGAGAUAGACUUCGAUUUGAUUUUAAUAUAUAUAUAUAAACAAA